AUGGAACCAGAAGAAAUUGAGAAAGCCUUUUUCUAUCUAUCUAUCUAUCUAUCUAUCUAUCUAUCUACUUCAUGUAAAACCCUUCAUAUCUAUCUAUCUAUCUAUCUAUCUAUCUAUCUAUCUAUCUCAGCAUAUUCCUAUCUAUCUAUCUAUCUAUCUAUCUAUCUAUCUAUCUAUCUAUCUAUCUAUUUCAGCCUAUUCAUAUCUAUCUAUGUAUCUAUGUAUCUAUCUAUCCCAGCCAAUUCAUAUUUAUCCAACUAUCUCAGCCUAUUCAUAUCUAUCUCACUGUUCAUUAUCUCUCUCUCUCUAACUCUAUCUAUCUAUCUAUCUAUCUAUCUAUCUAUCUAUCUAUCUAUCUCACUGUUCAUUACCUCUCUAACCUUAUCUAUCUAUCUAUCUAUCUAUCUAUCUAUCUAUCCCAGCCAAUUCAUAUUUAUCCAUCUAUCUCAGCCUAGUCAUAUCUAUCUAUCUAUCUAUCUAUCUAUCUAUCUAUCUCUUUCUAUCUAUCUAUCUAUCUAUCUAUCUAUCUAUCUAUCUAUAGUUUCUAUAUAUCUUAAUAUAGUUUCUAUCUAUCUAUCUAUAAAUAUCUGCAUAUAUAUUCUAUUUAUACGCUAUAUCUUUCUUUUCCUUAUGUCUUUAUUUAUUUAUUCCUUUUUGUAUAUUUGA